UGCGGCUCUCUUUGAUCAGUGCCAUAAAGUUGAAGGCCAAGGCGCCUCUUCUGCUGAUUUCCUUCUCUCUGCCCACAGCCAAAAGUACUGUCUUUUCGCGGAGUUUCAGCUCCCCCAAAUGCAAUACCCUUAUCCAAACUAAAAGCCCCAAUAUCCUAACCUCUAUUUCCUCGCCGUUUCUCUGCUGCCGAGCAGCCAUGGUCGCUGCCGCCUGCAUCGAAGUCAAGGAGCAAAUUGAGUUGACAGAGACGGAGAAGAAGAUUUUCGAUAGGCUUUUGAACACUCUUUGUCACUUCAAUCUCCUAACUCAGCUUCGAGUUGCUGGUGGAUGGCUUCUCAGAAAAGAGUGCUAUGACAUUGAUAUUGCACUUGAUAAACAUGUUGGGUAGUGAAUUUGUUGAUAAGGUUCAGGAAUACUUGUCAUCUACAGGGGAAGUGGCACAAGGUCUUGCUGUCAUUCCAAGUAAUCCUGAGCAAUCUAAGCACUUGGAAACUGCAAGGAUGCACCUUUUUGAUUUAUGGAUUGAUUUUGUGAACUUAAGGUGUGAAGAUUAUAGUGAGAACAGCCGCAUCCCUACGAUGAAAUUUGGUACUGCUGAGGAGGAUGCGUACCAAAGGGAUUUGACCAUUAAUAGCUUGUUCUACAACAUUAACACCAACUUAGUUGAAGACUUAACUGAAAGUGGACUUGAGGAUCUAAAAUUUGGAAGGAUAGUGACUCCAUUACCUCCGAAGGCUACAUUUUUGGAUGAUCCCCUAAGGGUUCUUUGAGCUAUUCGUUUUGGUGCAAAGUUUGAUUUCAUACUGGACGAAGAAUUAAAGAAAGCUUCUGCUUGUGAUGACGUCAAAACAGCUCUUGCAGCAAAAAUUUGCAGAGAGCGCAUUGGAACUGAAGUAUGUUA